GCUCGAUUAUGCCACGAUUGGUUGAACUGUGAGAUUUGAGAAAUUUAAAUAAUUUUUGAAGUCUGAAGUUUAACCAAAAAUCAUACUACAUUAGUUAUUAGUCAUUAAUAUAUGUGUAUGUAUAGUUAUAACAAUUCCAUGACAGUUCUGAACCACCAUCACCUAACAUUAUGGCGAUGACCUAGUUUUGGGUGUACUUGGACGUUUAGUUAAGUGUAUACAGUUAAAUGGAGGUUGUAUAAGUAAAUAAGAUGAAUUAUUUGUACUACGUAAGUGGAUUGUACCUUUUUACGGUCUGGUCUCUCAGUAGUGGCCUCUCCAAACGGCUGGUUCAGCCCCACUGCGUCCUACGCUCGCGUUUGCAAGUCCUCUUUCCCUCUAAAAUGGACCUAUCAAAAAUGAGAAGCUUAUUUCCACCCCCGCUCCAAAACAUUUAGAUUAUUACCCCGCCAUAAUCCUUUAUAUCUACAAACUUUGAUAAGGGGAAUGAUUUUCGUGUUUAAGUGUUUUUGUUACGAACAUUCAUGAAAAUCGUUUAUUGCUUGUUACGUAAUACGUUUGUUUAUUAAAAACAAAGGUAAUAACCCCAUAUGUUUUUUUUUCGGUUGUGUUUACAGAUUUGAAAAUCGGGCAACUUCGUGGUAAAUCGGCGCUGUGCGUUUCCCGGCAAAACGUUGUAACGGUUGGGGUGGACAUUCAACUACGAGGGUUUGAGGCUUUUUCCCUGUGUUCACUUUUCGACAGGAUUUGAUCGCGUUCAAAACGUUUUUAGUGUGUUUAGUGUAGUUUAAAAUUGUUAAUAUGUAUGUGAAAAUACGAAAUAUAUCAGCCAAACCGGGUGACAAGGACGAUAUGGUCGAUUUAUCGAAAAAGAACCUCAUAAGGGAAGUUAAAAGCCUGAUUUGUGACGAAACUGGGAUUGCAGUCCAUAAGCAAAGGCUUUAUUAUAAAGGAAAGCAACUUCAUGAUGAUUGUUCCGUAAUGGAUUACAACAUUCAACUGAAUGACGUUAUACAAAUAAUGGAGCUCAAUAGCCCGUUGAUACCCAACACUCCCAGUGAUGAGAACUCCCACGAUGACGAUUCCGACAAGGAGAAUAGAUCUUCCAAACCCGAACAGACAAACAAGAGCCCGGCAAAGUCGGCUAGCGACGUACUCUCUGAGGUAGUGGACAAUAGUCCGCCAGAAUCCGCAGAAAGCAAAUAUUACAGAGUUGGCGAUGCCAUAGAUUUUCUUCUCGAAGAGUAUGGCGCGUGGUUUGAAGGCGAGAUUUGCGAAAUACUUAAGGCUGAAUCAAUGGACCCUUCCGAUAAAAAUUUAGAGCCAGAUAUAGUAUUUAAAGUUAAGCAUGUUAGUGAUCAAGGAACAACUGAGGAGUAUCACGUAAUGUGUUUUGAUGAAAUUAAGCCUCGAGCGUAUCACAACUUAAAUGUACCUGAGAUAGAAACGGGCAAAAUAGUUUUAGUGAAUUAUAAUGUAGAGAAUCCCACAACGAGAGGAUAUUGGUAUUAUUUUAAGGUAAAACGUGUGAAUCGUAAGGAUUUGCAAGGCACCAUUUUAGUAGGGAGGGACGCUGCUCCGUUAGAUAAGUGUACAGUUAGAUUCGUAGAUGAAGUUUUACGAAUUGAAGAACCAGUAUUAUUAGAAAAUCGUAGCGAUGAUAGGAAAGAGCUACCGCCUAUACGGAAAACUGUUUAUUAUUGCGAAAAAUGUAAGGACGUCGACGCAAAACCGUGCAGAGACUGUGGUUGCAAGGUUUGUGCAGGAAAAGACGAGGUUGAUACUAUACUUUUGUGUGAUGAGUGUAAUUUGGGGUAUCAUAUUCGUUGCCUUACACCACCCCUUUCUGAAGUGCCAUCAGAUCCUGAAUGGUUUUGUCCGGAUUGUAGAGUUGAUGUGGAUGAGAUUGUUAAGGCUGGCGAAAAAACUAAAUUUAGUAAGAAAAAGACUAGAAUGGCGAGUGCUAAGGCCGGUGCUACUAAACGUGAUUGGGGUCGUGGUAUGGCGUGCGCCGGUCGUACAAAGCAGUGCACUAUAGUCCCUAUAAAUCAUUUUGGCGCAAUCCCUGGAGUCGAAGUGGGUACUUGUUGGCUGUACAGGAUGCAGGCAUCGGAAGUUGGUGUGCAUCGUUCUUUAGUAGCCGGUAUACAUGGCCGUGACUCUGAGGGGGCAUUUAGUUUGGUUUUGAGCGGAGGUUACGAAGACGAUGUUGAUUAUGGGAACGAGUUCUUGUACACUGGAUCGGGUGGACGCGACUUGUCAAACAACAAGCGUGUUAGUGUUCAAAGUUCUGAUCAGAAGCUGACAUUGAAUAAUAAAGCGUUAGCACGUAACUGUAACACUCCAAUAAGCCUGUCGGGUGGAGAAGCUACAGAUUGGAAAAAUGGAAAGCCGGUCCGUGUACUACGGACCUGGAAGUUUGCCAAGCACUCAUCCUAUGCACCAACAGUAGGCUGUCGUUAUGAUGGCCUAUACAAAGUAGUUAAAUAUUAUGAAGAAACUGGAAAGUCGGGAUUUAAAGUAUGGAGAUAUUUAUUAAGACGAGAUGAUCCAGCCCCUGCCCCUUGGGAACCGGAUGCACCACAAUACCCAAUUGUACUACCUGAAGGACAUCUCGAGAAUAUGGAACGGAAAAAGCGCGCACUAGAAGAGAAAAAGAAGAAGCAAAACAAAAGGCCUUCCAAAUCGAGAAAUCGAUCUAAAUCUCAAAGCACACCGUCCACAUCGAAAGGUAGAGGGCGUUCUGGACGUAGUGGUAAUCGAUCGAGCAGUUCGGCAGAAGACUCCAAUGAGUCUGACGGAAGUCCAUCAGCAACUGAAAACCGAAAAAGAAAAAAUGAAUCUUCGGAUGAUGAUUCCACUCCACUUUCUAGAAAGCGCAGUCGCAAUAAGCCUGCUAACAUUGAGGAAGAUCUGACCUCCUCAUCUGCUUUACUACAACAGAAGGUUAAAAUACAGCCGUUCGUUUUACCCGAAGAACUUGCAGCUUUAGUUGAUAAUGACACACUCAACCAAAAGGAAUGGGAGGAAUGUAAGGAGCAUUUGGAAGAAGGCAAACCUGCGUUUUUGGAGAAAGUCGCCGAAAUGUUUACAUGUGUGUGUUGCCAGGAGCUCAUUUACCUACCAAUAACAACAGAAUGUAAACACAAUGUUUGCAAGACAUGUCUGAAACGAUCCUUCAAAGCAGACAUUUAUUCUUGUCCCUACUGUCGUCAUGACUUAGGAGCCGAUUUUGAAAUGGUAAUCAACGAUACUCUUUCUAUUAUUUUGUUGAAGCUUUUCCCCGGUUACAACGCUGGACGCUAAUUUGAGUGUAUUCCUGUCAAUACUGUCGCCAUGAUAUAGGGACGGAUGUUGAAAUCAUAGUCGGCGACAUUCUUUCUAUUAAUUUGUUGUAGCUGUUCACCGGGUACAAGACCUUACGUUUAUUUGAGUUUUGUUC